AUGGAGACUAUACCAACGAUAAUCGAUUGCAUUAGUCAAGAUGCUAUGAUCAAAGUUAUUUUAUCCUAUGACACUAUCAAAGAAACAGUUUUUACAUUAAAAUCUUUGCCAAUUUGUGAUCUUCUGAAAAAUGAAAGUUUAUUGAAACCAUUAGAAUUGGAUAUUUCUCCUCGUGAUUGUGUCCGUGUUCUGGAAGACAAAAAUAAUCAGAUACUGUCAAAAGAGGAUAUGCAACAAUCUGUUAAUUUUUAUUCUGUUAGUGAUGAUCAAUCAAUUCAUUUUCGAAUAUGUUUGUUGAUUGAAAUAUCAACAUAUGAUAAAACUCUGGAAAUGCAAAUACCAAUAUCAGAUAGAAAUGCAACUAUUGGACAUCUUCUUCGAUUACCAGAAAUAGAACAUGAUUCAUACAAAUAUUUGGCCUCAAGUCAAACACAACAAGUGAUGUCUGAAAACCAAAAACUUUCAGAUUUGAAUGAAACCACAUUUAUUCUUGUCACAGAAAAUGAAACAUGUUGUGUUUCGAUUGAAACAUUAAAUGAAUCACUCUCUGUGACAUCUGUCACAAGAAAUAUGGCACAUCAACAAUUUACAAUCUAUGCAACACUUGCUGCUGUCUACAAACAGAACAACAUUGACCCCGAACAGCAACAUCUUUUAUAUUGGAAUGAUUUUGUUCCAUCGAUAAAAACUCAACUAAACACUUUACAAGAAAAUUCACUUGUCCGAUUUACAUUGAUUAAUGGCAAUUUACCAAUUGGUGUGCAAGUGUCGACAAUUUUAAAUGACGAACAAUAUGCAAUAGAGUUUCAUUGUAAACCUGAAAUCAAAAUUGAACGUCUAUGUCAGAUUGCAUGUAAAUUGUUAAAUGUGAAGAAUGAAUUUUAUCAAUUGAAGAUGGAUGAUUGUAUUUUGGAUGAUAAUGAAAUAUCACUGAAUGAGAUUGUUUCAGAUUCACCCGAUAUUCAAUUACAUUUAAUUUGCACGGCUGUUAUGAGAAGUUUAAUAAAAUAUGAAGAUCAGACAAUCACAUUACCGUGUAAUCAAGAAACACUUGUUUCAACAAUAUUUGAUGAAGCUUGUUCAAUAUUUUGUAUUACAAAAGAACAUACUCAAGUCUACGAAUUAUAUGCAUUGGGUGCUGAUCAAACACAAAUUGAAUUGGAUAUGACCAUCGAUGAUAUAUGUGACUUGUUUGUUGAAAAACAAACAACAUUACCAUUGUUAAUAACAAAGAAAAAAAUACUGAAGAAACAGUCUAAAUAA